ACGGGUUGCUGCAGCUGCUGCACCAUGAGGCGGCGGGGGUGCACCACUCCAAGCUAGCUGCCUCGCUGCUGACGCUGCUGGACAUGGAACUGCUGCAUGCAGAGGGGGCGCAGGACGAGCUGCGCACCGCGGGCGGUGUGGGAGUGCUGACCACCCUGCUGGGUAGCCUGAUGCGGCCUGGGGUGAUGGAUGUGUAUCAGCUGAGGGUGGCCACAUGCCGUACACUGGCGCUGGCGCUGCAGGGCAACGCUGCCAACAAGCUGACUGCUCGGGAGCACGGGUUGCUGCCGCUGCUGGUGUCGCAGCUGACGGUGCUGGCGGAUCGGCGCAAGACCAGGUCGAGUGUGGAGGUGGUGGUUGAUGACGAUGCGCCGCUCACGUCGGCCACUCUGG